AGUGAAGCAGCAGAGUGUUGUGUUUACUGGCCCACUAAAGACCAGCCAAUGAGCUUCGAGGGUUUCACUGUGUCAUAUUCGGGGGAGGAGCAUGUGUGUCUGUCCAAUGAAGAGAGACUUCUGGUGCAGGACUUUACUUUGAACUCACCACAGAACAAUUAUGUGCUGGAGGUGCGUCAGUUCAGCGCCCCCUGCUGGCCCAACCCAGAUAGUCCCAUCAGGAACAGUUUCGAUCUGGUCAGCACAGUCAGAGAGCACAGCCGACACUCAGACUGUCCUACAGUUGUACACGACCC